UUUUCAUGCUGGUCUAAAUCCAUGAGAUGGCAGUAUUGUAAUGUGAAUAAUGCCGGCUGCGGCGAAACUUCAGAGAAGAAGAAACAAAACCUGUCCGGCUGGUUAUCCGCAGAAGGGGGAUGGCCGUUCUGGAAGCUAGUACCUGGCAACCUCAGGACCCAGCCCAGCACUGUAAACAAGCGGAGGACACUCAGCGGUUAGCUCAAGCUGCAAGACCCAGCGUUUCUCUCUGUCAAAAAAGUUGCAGUUCGCUCGAAACACACCCUUUAAUGUGAAUACCGACCCAUGGACCAGUUCAGAGUCUGCUUCACCCCAGAAUCACUUUUGGAAGUAGAUCAUGAAUGACAAACUCGUCUUCCUGGGCCUGCUGUACUUUGUCCAGGGUAUUCCCUAUGGUCUUCAGUCUUCUCUGCUUCCUGUGUACCUACGUGGAGCCGGCCAUUCUCUGACACGCAUUGGUUUCACCAAGAUCCUCUACUUUCCCUGGGUGCUGAAAGUACUCUGGGCCCCAUUGGUGGACCGAGUGGGAACCAAACGUCGCUGGCUGGUGGGGACGGUGUCUGGGCUGGCGUUGACAUGCCUCUCCAGUGCUGCCCUGGCUCCAGAAGCACACAUCUGGGGUGUGGCUGGGACUCUGCUGGCCAUGAACACCUUCGCCUCUGUUCAAGAUAUUGCUGUAGACGGGGCUGCCGUUGGGCUGUUGAAAGGACGCGGGGAGCUCGGACUGGGCAAUACGGCCCAGGUUGUGGGAUAUAAGGCUGGAUCAGUGUUUGCCGGUGGUGGGCUCCUAGCUGUGAUUGAUGUGGCUGGAUGGAGCUGGAUGUUUAUGCUCCUGACAUUUGUGUAUGCAGGCGUGGCUCUGUUUGUGUGGGGGGCCCCUGUGCUGGACGAUGAGAGCAUAAAGCAGGCAGAUGGCAGCAGGAGGGGGGGGCAGGGAGCAGAGGCUAUGAGGCCGUGGAGGAUAUGGAGGAAGCUGAUGGCAGUGCCCGGGACACCUUGGACUAUCCUAUAUGUGCUCACAUACAAACUUGGUGAGCAGGGUGCUGUGACCAUGUUUCCUCUUUUCCUCCUGGAUCACCACAUGACAGCCAGAGAGCUCAGCUUCUGGAACGGCGUUGUCGCCAUGGGCUUCUCCAUCUGCGGCUCAUCCCUCGGAGGCCUGCUGCUCGCCCAGUUCAGCAUCGGGGCGAUGAUGCGACGGGUGUUUGUGUUGCGUACCAUCAGCAUGGUCUUCCAGAGUUCUUUGCUCACUGUCCUGGAACCAUCGCCGCUCAUGAAAGGAAUGGCGGUCCUGAGCAUGAGCGUUCAACACUUCCUGGGUGGUCUCAUCACCACGCUCACCUUCACUACCAUGAUGCAUUGCACUCAGAGGGCCGAGGAAAGCAUACAGGCCACCCACUACAGUUUCCUGGCGACUCUGGAGGUUCUGGGGAAGCUGAUGUUCAGCGCUUUGGCCGGAGGAGUGGUGGACUGGUGUGGUUUCCAAGUGGCCUUCCUCUUCUUCCUCACCCUGUCGGCUGGAACGGCCCUACACGUGUGGACGGCCACCUUCACCGGCGCUCUCAGGGAGAAUCAGCUCAAAGAGCAGCCCAAAUGAGAUCCGUCUUAAACGUUUACAUUUAGGGCAAGUCCAGGUACAUUCAUAAUGGACCAUUGGAGCUCGACUACGAAUAUUAAGGAAACAAACUUUGUAGAGUCGUAAAUCAAGAUCAGCAAAGUUAUUCCAUAUAUCAACAGUCUUAAAUAAGUGUCAGCCAUUCUUUAAUGGAGAAAAAAAAAUCGCUUUCCUUUAAUCACUCUGUGACAGACUGCUCUUUUGUCAUAUUUCACAAGCAGAGAUGGCCUUAUGUUUUAUUUAUUUUUGCUCUGAACAUAUCUCAAAUAGUCUUAAAAAGCGUAGGUAGGUGGUGAACCUUCGGGAUACAGUGUACAUCUUAAAUAUGAUGGUAGUAUUCAUCGCUUGACGAAAGAUGGUUUGUUAGAGACAUAAAAUAUACUGAAAGUUUCAUAGUAGCUUAAAUUAAAGGGAAAUAUAAUCAAAGCUUAUUAUCAUCUGAGCCAGUUUCAUAUUGUUAUACGUCAGCAAUAAGAGCUGCAGCCAAAAGCAAUAGUGCUAGUUUAUUUUCUUAUACUAUAUAUAUAUAUAUAAAUAUAUAUAUAAAUAUAUAUAUAUAUAUAUAUAUACACCGUUAUAUAUAUAUAUAUAUAUAUAUAUAUAUACACCGAUAUAUAUAUAUAUAUAUAUAUAUAUAUAUAGACAUAUAUAUAUAUAUAUAUAUAUAUAUAUAUAUAUAUAUAUAUAUAUAUAGACAUCCCAUAUGUGUUAGCUAAAAGAUAUAUACAUAUAUAUAUAUAUAUAUAUAUCAUAUAUAUAGAAUAUAUAGUGUAA